AUUGAUUAAAACAGGGAUUUUUCGCCUUUAACAAAGAGGUUAUUUUAAAAACCCCAACAAUGGAGCGAAGAGCCAUGGCACUGAAAACUAUGAUUAAGGAGCGUUGUCCUAAGAGGGAGAAUCUGGACCCUCGGAGGUGGAUGAGACAGGAGACUGUCAGGGGAUUUACUGACUUCAUUCUCAAUAAACGCCCUGGCAAGGAGACGGACAACAGAUUUGACAACAAUGAGUUGUUGCUCGAGGAAGAGAAGCAGUUUAUGGAAGCAGCGAAGAAGAAUGAUGUGAAGACCAUGAAGAAACUUGGAAAAGGUCUGAAUGCCAAUGUGAGGAAUGCGGAUAAUAGGACUGCACUUCACUUUGCAGUAGCUGGCAAAAACAAUGAAGCUGUUCAGCUUCUUCUACAGUGCAGGGUCAAGGUGGAUCAAAAGGAUAAGUAUGGUGUGACACCUAUUCACCUAGCUGCCUGGUUUGGCAGUUUGGAGAUCCUGAAAUUAUUAGUGCAGACUGGGGCUGAACAGAAGGUGGAGAAUGAGGAAGGACUGAACAUUAUGCACUGCGCUGCGAUCAACAACCAUACUGAAAUUAUGGAGUAUAUUAUUAAUGACAUGCAGAUGACAGAACUAGACAAAGAUGAUCAGUCAGGACAUCGGCCAUUUGCAUCGGCAGCACAGCAUGGGUGCGUUGAAAUGUUGGAGAUGCUGAUGGAGCCCUUCAACAUGGCUACCAUGAGUCCUGACAAGAAAGGAGACACGCCUCUGCACUUAGCUGCCAGGAAUGGGCAUUUGGAUGCUGUCCAACUACUGCUGCAGAGCUUUGAUACUCGGGAUGAAGUCAAUAUGGUUGGUGAGACAGCUUUGUACCAGGCUGCAGACAACGGUCAGGAACAAUGUGUCCUGGCCCUGCUGGAGGCCGGCUGUGACGCCAACAUCGUCACAACGGUCAAAUGCAGUGCUCUCCAUCCAGUCUCAGCAAAAGGAGACACUUCUGUCGUCCAACUCCUCCUGGACUACAAAGCCAAUGGGGAUUUUCAAAAUCAGGAUCUAGAAGCUCCUCUUCACUUGGCUGUGAAAAACAAUCACAUUCCUGUGAUCCAUUCUCUUCUAGCAGCGGGCUGUAAUAUUAAUGCAGCUGACAAGAGGUCCCAGACUGCUGUCCAUCUUGCUGCAGAGCUCAGCAGGACUGAAGCUGUAGAAAUGCUCCUGAAAGCUGGCGUGGAUCUAACCCUCCAGGACAGGCAGGGUAAGGCGGCUCUGGGUGUCGCAGCCAGAGCUGGUGAGGUGAUAAUUGUGGACAUGAUCAUCAAAGCAGAAAGAUACUAUGACUGGAGAAAGGCCAACCCUGAGCUUAAUGAAAAUGUUCGGAGCGAGUAUCCGCUAACAUUUAAACUUGACCACCGCUAUGAAACUAAGCACCUCCGUGCGAUGGCUUGGCGCCUGGCAUACAAGCUCUUGAAGGCGGGAGACUGGAAGAGACUGGCAAAUCAUUUAAACUUUACCAAGCAGCAAGUGUGUGCCGUUGAGGAGCAGUGGGCAGGUGAGCACAGCUAUAAGGAGCAUGGGAACAGGAUGCUGCUGAUCUGGCUCCACGGGGAGGAGCUGGCUCAGGCGAGUCCUGCCAAAGACCUCUACCAGGCCCUCAUCGUCACUGGGAACAGGAAAGCUGCAGAUAAACUUCGGAUGGAGGCAGAAAGUACCAGCCGUAAGAGCUGCUGCAUCUCAUGAGAAAGAGAGAUGCAACAUAGAGACUGAAAUGUAUCUUUGUUUACACCACUGUCACAAAUGGAAUUGAAUCAACAACUCUCCAGUAAAAUAAUUUAUUAAAAAAAAAACAACAACGUCUAUCAAACAUAUGGAUUUGGUUUAGUAAAGCAAGCAGCCUGUGGUUCUGUACUGUUGCCACAUCAUAGAUUAAUACAAUAAUAUGUAUAUUUACAGAAUAAAGUUAAAGUACACUUUCAACAGUGCAUAAUUUAAAAGUAAAAUAUAAAAAAAAGUCGAAUUUAGGUUCUUAACUCUGUCAAGUUAGUAAUGAAAGGAAAAAAGAAACUCUUCUAAGUACUACUUCCCUGAGAAAAUACUUUUUGCUGUGCAUUUUACAUUCAUGAAAGGAAGCUGUGAAACAAGACAAUUUCAUUGCAAGAUAUCAGAUGAAAUGUACUUAGUAUUCAUUUUGUGUAAAAAAAAUAAUAAUAAUCAUGCUAUCAUUGCUUGGAUUGUUAGAUAUAAUUGCUACAUUUUGUCUUGGCAAGCUUGUGAUUAGUCAACCACUUUGAUGGAGUGCACAGCGCACGUGCUGGUUUGUGUUCGUGAGGACCCUCUGCCUGCAGAGGAGGCGUUGCCCUGCUGUGAGGAUCGAGGAAACUUAGCAGCUGUGGCCUGUCCAAUCGUGAGCUGAAAAAAUUAACAGAAGUGGGUUUGCUUUUGUGGCUUCAUGUGCCUCAAGUGUAUA